CGCCGGCGUUGGAUGGCUGCUACUCCUGUUCUUAGCUGGCUUGGGGCAGGAUGCUGCGGUCGGAAUGCCGGGGGAGCCUCUUUCGCAACUGGACGGCUCGACCUCGAGGCCGGCGGGGUCCGAUGGCAUUUCGCUGUUCACCUUCCUUUCUAAUUUUUCGCGUCUCGCAUAUUCUCAGCAGGGCUAUUAGACUAUGUCGACUGAGCGAGAGAGAAGAAGCGGAGCGCCGAGGUCUGCAGCCAAAGAUCUACCCAUGACCAGCCACAUGGAGAGCAUGGGGCAAUUCAAGAUCAUUGUCUGGGAAGAAGAAAAUUUCCAGGGGAAGCGUUCUGAAUUCCUGAUGGAAUGCCCCAAUGUCAUGGAACGUGGUUUCCGCAAGAUUCGCUCCAUCAAAGUGGAAAAUGGCCCCUGGGUAGGCUUUGAGUAUCCUGAAUAUCAAGGACAGCAAUUCAUUUUGGAGAAAGGAGACUAUCCUCACUGGGAGGCCUGGAGUGGAAACAGUGCUUAUAAGACCGAGCAUCUACUCUCUUUCCGGACUAUCAGAUGUGCCAAUCAUAAUGACAGCAGAGUGACCCUAUUUGAGUCAGAGAACUUCCAAGGAUACAAGUUUGAGCUGACUGAUGAUUAUCCAUCAUUGCAAGCCAUGGGAUGGAGCAGCAAGGAAGUAGCCUCCAUCAGAGUUCUCUCUGGAGCGUGGGUGGCAUAUCAAUAUCCGGGCUACCGAGGCUACCAAUAUAUCCUGGAGCGGGACCGACAGAAUGGUGAAUAUCGGAAGUACACCGACUAUAGCAGCCAAGCCCACAGCAGCCAGAUCCAGUCCAUCCGCCGUGUCCAGCAUUGAGCCAGGUCUUAGCAGCAGAAACAGUAGCAUUAUAUUCCCUGUGCAACCCACACCCUCACUUUGGCCAAGUAGUAGACCUGCACCCAGUAGCUAAUAAAGGCAUUUACCAAACUUCCUUUUCGUUUCGUCCAUCUGUCCACUUUGUGCCAGGAUUCUUAAGGGUUCCUAGAGUUCAUACCUCAGACUGCCAAUAGGGGUCCAAUUACUGUGGGAAGUUGAAAAUAAUCAACAAAAGAGAAUCCCAUUUGGUUCUACAGUCCAGGGAGGAUUGGUUAAGGAAUCCCUUUGCAAUAGAAAAAAGAUGCCAGAAUAUGAAUUUUUGCAAAAUGGAUUCUACCUGCUUUCCUUCUCCUACAAAAAGAAAAAAAAAAGUCAAUACACGGUAGGUAGCACAUUACUUUGAGAUUGGCUCAUGGUCAGGACCACAAAGGAACAAGCAACAUUUAGCAAGAAGCUGAACUGAGAGUAUUUCCAAGAGGGUUAAUCAUCUAAAUCUUUUAUUCACAUACAAAUACAAAAACAAAGGGUUGUUUUUUUGGCAAUUUGAAAUUUGAUUUAUUAUCGCAUAAACUUUGGUCAAAAAACCUCAUCCUUCAGCUAUAACACUGUUUGAAGAGCCCUAUUAGCAACACGGACUGACAAAAGAUGUUUACUUAGUAGCCUCUUUCCCAGCAGUUAAAAUGAUGAAGGUUGGACUUGGGGUAAGGUUACCAACUUUAAAAAAAAACAAGCAGGCACAAAUGUUUUGUAAAUUUACUGGGUUGAAUAAUUGUUAGAUGUGCAGGAUCAGCAGGUAAAAGUUUUUCACUUCUAAAAAUACUGGAUCAGCUAUUAGAACAGUAACCUUUUGCAGAACUUGAGACUGCGAUGAAACCAUGCUCACUCACUUGUACGUGAAUCGCUGGGCAUCUGUAGCUAACUAGACAGCCCAAGAUCUCAAUGCAGCCUCAUUAUAGCAUCUCAGUGGGCUUCCUGAGUUGGGAGGAAGGGUGGCCA